AUGGAGCAACGUAAAUGGCACAUGCAACUUAAUGACGGUCGCGAGAGCGACAUGCCGCACAAACUCGAGCCUGUGGGAUACAUCAAAGGCGUCUCUUUCAACAAGGAUUCCACUGGAACCGUCAUUAAAGCCACGACCAACACGUCCGAGCUGAAAAAAAAGCGGGCCAUGGAAAUUGGCAUGGGUCCUUUUAAGAGUUUACUUCAGACGGGGUUUAUGAUGUGGAUGAGUGGCAACUCUAUUAAUAUCUUUAGUAUUAUGAUCACGGCCAUGAUUGUCAUGAAUACGACCAAGUCUCUCUUUAAUAUGAAGAACGCUUUUGCCUCAGUGAAUGACGGGAUUAUUGAUCUGACGCAGCCUAAAGCUAUUUAUAUGGCUGGGAGUUUGGUGGGUGCUGCUAUGGGUGUGUACAAGUGUUCCAACCUGGGGUUAUUGCCCACAACGAGUGCUGAUUGGACGUGGCUGCUGCCUAUUAAGCAAGCAGUCGAGACAUCGUCGUUUGCCUACAGUCUCAGUCAGUAA